AUGGACUACAGGUUCCUCGAGAAUGCCCUUACCUGCAAUCUUCUUAAACUAGAAGAAAAGUUGCAACAAUCUCCUGAUAACAUAGAGUUGGUUACUCAGCUGGCUAAGGCAAGAGAUGCUCUUAGGUUCACUGUUGGGGAAGAGCAGGCGGUUUUUCUUUCUUCUUGUGAAAUCCUUGAACGAGCUUGGGACGAGACACGCAGUAUUUCAAAUAAAAAUGACAAUACUUAUUUUCGUCGGAGUGAGUACGAAGGUGUAGUAUAUAUCAUAUUCCUAUGUUUUUAUAUUGGGGAUUUCACUGCCGGUGAUAGCCCAUAUGAACAGUGUGAUAUAAGGAAUGAGAACGAAGUCUUCUCUGCCAGCCUUAAGGGUGACGAUGAUCAACCGGCUCUUGUUCACAGAGGAGCUCUCAAUAUGUUCUUGAACAUUCUGAGAAAUUCAGACUUGGAAACCCAGAUGGACAAGUUUUCGAAGCAAAGAAAGGAACAAACCAUUAUAUUUGUGGGUCAUUCUAUAGGAGGUGCCAUUGCAACUCUUGCUACGAUCUGGGUUCUGGAAAAAAGGCUGAGACAAAUUUCUCCUAUCUGCAUUACAUUUGGUUCUCCUUUGGUCGGAGAUACUGUUCUUAUGCAAUCAAUUGAUUGCCAAGGGUGGUCCGGAAAUUUUUGUCAUGUUGUUUCCAAACAAGAUAUUGUUCCGCGGAUGCUCCUUGCACCUUUUGAAUCAAUUGGAUAG